AUCUGAACGACGACGUGUUGUGAAGACUAAAGAUAUAACCCCGCAGCCGCAAGAAAAGGAGACGCAGCAAUUGCAGCGAGAGAGGUUGCAAUCUUGCAAAGGGGAAGGGGGAUGGGUUCAAUAGCGUCAACAAGCACCUACUGUUCCGUGAUGAAGAAGUACAAACAAAGGUGCAAUGCUCAUCACCUUCCUCGCAUUCUCGCCUCCCACAAUUCCCCGCAGACCAUCAUUCAUUUCCCACAUGAUCAAAAAAUGGGUCGGAGGGAAAUAAUAUUGAAGUGCAGCGAAAUUGCAGUGGUGGGUACGAUCUUUAACUUGGGUGGGAAAAAGCCAGACUACCUUGGCGUGCAGAAAGGCACACCUGGCUUGGCACUUUGCCCCGCCACCAACAACUGUAUAUCCACUUCUGAGAAUUUCAGUGAUCUUACCCACUAUGCUCCUCCUUGGAACUAUAAUCCUGAAGAAGGGCGCAGGAGGAAAAAGCCUGUCAGCAGAGAAGAGGCAAUGGAGGAGCUUCUUCAAGUGAUAAAAUCAUCCAAGCCGGACAAGUUUACCCCACGUAUAGUAGAGAAGAAAGAUGAUUAUGUUCAUGUGGAGUACCAGAGUCCCAUCCUGGGGCUUGUGGAUGAUGUGGAGUUUUGGUUCCCGCCAGGCAAGAAAUCAAUUGUAGAGUACCGGUCCGCGUCCCGUCUGGGAGACUAUGAUUUUGAUGUGAAUAGGAAGAGAAUUAAGGCACUGAGGUUAGAGUUGGAGAAGAAAGGAUGGGCCUCCGAAGGCAGCUUUUGAGGAACACUGGAGAAGAUUUUAUUGAUUUGGGGAUUGCUUUCAGAUUGGAAAGGGCUGAAAAUCCCCCCAGCUUUUCAAGAAUUUACUCUUUACUACCCCGUAUGUUUGUUCACCGGAAACGGGAGAAUUCAUUAGUGCAUUCCCCACCAUAUGGACAAGCAGAAUUCGAUAUGGGUCUGCUAUCCCAAACACCACCUUAUGCAAAUGUAUUAAGCUUUUUACUGGAAAAGCUGAAAGUUGAAAACAGGAACCAUUGUCCAUAUCAGCUUCCUGACCACAUCAAUGUCAUACUUUUCAAGUAUAAAAUAUUGUCAAAUGCAAAACUAAAACAUUAUCAUGUCUGAAUACAGAAAUACAAGGUGCUGCAGUUUCAACA